GUCAUUGGUUCAUAAUCGCCAAUCGCCAUUUUGUUCAUUUUUGGGUUUGGCGUUUGCAUUUGGUGUUUUCGUAGUGUAAACAUUUUGAGUGUAAUGUUUUUACACUUCAGUAUACAAACGUGAUAAACUUGAAAAAAAUCCAAACAAAAACUAGUUUAAGGUAAUGUUUCUUUUGUAAAAUAGUGAGGGCAUCAUAUAUCUAUACUUAUGGUAUUUAUGUGUAUGUUUAUGUACCUACGCGGGUAAAUUAAAUUGUCAAAAUGUUAGGCAAAAGAAUGCAUCAUAAUAGUAAAGGAAGACUGGCGACGAAGGGGCAUGACAAUGGAAAACCUGCUAGCCCAGGUUUAUCUCCUUACACUAAACCUGCGAAAAUACCUGGCUCAAUAUCCGCGGGGAAAACAAGAAUGGAAAUUUGUCCAAUACCUUAUAUUCGUCUACAAGACAAUCCUGUAACUUUACCUAGGCUUGCUACUAUUGCCGCAAGAUCUGCAGAUGAACCUAUCGGAAUGGAUGAAUUGGAUGCUCUACAGUUAGAGCUUGAAACUUUGCUAUGUAAUACCGCUUUGCGCAUUCGUUAUUUCCAAGGAGAAAUAGAAAGUAUAGAUACAAAUGAAUCAAAACGGGAGAAAAAAAAUAAAGCGGCUGGUAAGCAGCUUCAGUAUCCAGGUAAAAGGAAAUUUCCUGACGACAAAUUGGUUAAAACCAAAGAUUAUGCAAAAAUAUCAAAUCAACCUAAAGUGCCAAAGUUUAAGAACUACAGUAACCCUUCAUCUGGGGCGUCACAUGGAUAUUCUAAUGACCAAGCAAAUAAUUCAGAUAAUUCUGUUAAACUAGAGAUGUCUCAACUGGCAUUACCAAAGAAUAAUAUUCCAUACAAAUUUUGGAAUUCUGUUGAUCCAUAUUGCGCUCCCGUCACAAUGGACGACAUAAAGUUUUUGGAAUCACUACUUGUCCAAAGCAGCAACACAACCCUGCCUCCAAUUCCUCCUUUGGGAAGACACUACUCAGAAGUCUGGGCAGAUGAACAUAUAUCUGAAGAUCAAAAUGCUUCAAAUCCAAAUAAAAAGUCAUCUGGCUUAUCACCUGAUGCAUCAAAUAUGCGAAAGAAGAUUGAAAAGAACUCAGAAAAUAUGAUCACGGGUCCUCUCACACAAAGACUGGUCUCAGCCCUAAUGGAAGAAAAUGUUAUGUCAUAUGAAAUGCCCGAUAUUAAAAUAAAACAAUCUGCAACAACAAAAAACAAUUAUAAAAAUUCUUUAACUCUGGAAAAAUGCUUAAGAAAAGAAUUAGUGGAACAAGGUAUUUUGGACCCAGAAGACUUGCCUCCUCUUACUAAUCCAGCAGAUGAUGAAAUACUAGCUGAAAUAAAGAAAUGUCAAACUGAACUAACUGCAGUUAGAAAGGAAAACUGCAGGAACUUGAAAAAUUUGAUAGGCUUAUGUAAGCAGGAGAUGAUAAGACUUAAUUUGAAGAAACAAUUAGACAAUGUAGAUAUGGAAUGUAUUGAUAUUUAUAAAAAGAUGGUGGCAGCUAAGCAAAAGAAAAGACCGAUUACUAAAAAGGAAAAAGAAGAUGCUUGGAGAGCAAUUAAUGAACAGAUAAGACUUAAUAAAGAAAUAAAUGCUUUGCCAUUGACAGGACCAAACUCCAGCUAAUUAUUAUUACUUAUUAUCACUCAUUAUCAGGGCUUCUAAAGAAAUAAAUUGCACAUUUACUUAUUA